AUGAGUCCAUCCGAUCGAACAUCUCCGUCGCGAAAGCUUUUAGCAAUGAUGCGAAAUGUGCCGCCGGAUUUAAAAGCACUUCUCGCUUUAGUUGGCAUCGGUGGCAUUACCGCUAUGGCUACCAUAGGAUACAAACUUAACAGUGACCCAGAAGUAAGCAAGAAGCAUGAAGGCAUAUGCUGCUACUUCAGCAAUGCUAAUUCGAACCGUUACAUUAACAAGAACGCUAGGUUCGUCGAAAACUACAGCGAAUGUCAGAUAGUGAGCACAGACGGCAACCAAAAAAACCUUAACUGUUUUGUUUUAAUAAAUCCACUGUAUUCACAAAUCUAA